UUUUAUUUCUUCAGAAAAACGGAAAUUCCUUUUUCAGUCUCAGAGAUAACUUAGACGCCAAAAUCCAAAGAAACAGACCGUAGUGGUAGCCCAAAUGGCUCACCUUCUCAACACUUCCUUCGCUUCUUCCUCUCAAACCUUCGGCGGGAACCCCAAUUUCCCACCGGCACUCCUCAUUUCUGGUCGCCGGAGCAGGGUCCACGUCCAGGCUAAGACCAAGAACACGGUUGAUUUUUAUUCGUUUUCAAGAAAGUGGAAGGAAUUAGUUGAUAAGGUCCAGGCCAAGCAGCUACAACCUCAAGAAUUCAACAAUGAGCUUUUCAGGAAUCUUUUUAAUUUCAAUGGUGUUGAAGUUGUGAAAAGGCCACUACUUUGUGCAUCCACAUUCUCAAUGGGACAGACCUUAUGGUUGAUUUCUGUUCCAUUUGCACAAGCAAGUGAAAGUAUAAAAUAUAAUGCUGUUUAUGAGGUUGGCGAGUUCUUUGAGUUAGGAAUCCAGCUCUCGUAUUUGCUGAUAUUGUUAGGUUUUCUUGGUGUUGGAACUUUCUUUGUGAUUCGUCAAGUCCUUGUGCGUAGAGAACUUGAUCUUUCUGCCAAAGAAUUGCAGGAACAAGUAAGAAGUGGUGAUGCCAGUGCAACUGAGUAUUUUGAACUUGGUGCUGUUAUGCUGAGGAGAAAAUUCUAUCCUGCAGCAACAAAGUACUUGCUUCAGGCAAUUGAUAAAUGGGAUGGAGAUGAUCAAGAUCUUGCCCAGGUUUAUAAUGCUCUUGGUGUCAGUUAUGUCCGCGACGGGAAGCUUGAGAAAGGAAUUACUCAGUUUGAAACCGCCGUGAAAAUUCAACCGGGCUAUGUCACAGCAUGGAACAACCUUGGAGAUGCCUAUGAAAAGAAGAAAGAGUUCAAGUCUGCUCUUAAGGCAUUUGAAGAAGUUCUGCUUUUUGACCCUAACAACAAGUUGGCUCGACCAAGGAGAGAUGCUCUAAAGGAACAAGUAGACAUGUAUAGGGGAGUUCCAGUGAAAUCAAAAGUGAAAUCGAAGGAAAGGUGAUUUCCAUGCAUUAUCGAUCAACACCAAGCUUGUUCCUUUUUGGUGUUUUGAAAGGCUAAAGCAAAUAUGUCAUGCCUAAGAUUCUAGUUUGGAAGACACGUCUUGGCAUGAGCUCAAUGUAAUAGAACAAAAAAUGAGAUUAUUAUGUACCUGAAUAGUGUCAUUCCAAUUUAACAAAGAAGAGCAAUUGUUUGCAAUUCCUAAAA